AUGCAAUUCUCUACCGUCGCCAUCUUCGCUGCCGCCGCCGCCGUUUCUGCUCACAAGAACGUCACCACCGUCACUGACCUCCACUCCUCUUUGGUCACCAUCACCUCUUGCGGCCCAGAGGUCACUGACUGCCCAGCUCACCACCCAUCCACCGUUGCCAACGUUUCCACCUACGAGGGUGCUGCCAACAAGCAGUUCGCCGCCGGUGCCGUUGCCUUGGCUGCUGGUGCUUUGCUUGCUUUGUAA